AUGGGUUUCUUGGGCCUUGUAAUUUCUUGUAGUGGAAUAGCGGUUGAUCCUUCUAAAGUAGACUUUGUGCUGCAAUGGGAGGCUCUUAAGGCAUUUACGGAAAUAAGAAGUUUCUUAGGUUUAACUAUGUAUUAUAGAAGGUUCAUCGAAGGUUUUUUAAAGUUGGUAUUGCCUUUGAUACAAUUGAUUCAGAAGGGACAAGUGAGUGUGUGGGAUUUGCAAUACAAAGAGAGUUUUCAAAAGCUCAAGAAGAAGCUGAAGUUGGCGGCAGUUAUGCUUUUGCCAAACCCAAGUGAGUCGUUUGUAGUUUAUUGUGAUGUAUCUAAUAGAGGGUUGGGUGGCGUGCUUAUGUAG